CCGGCGCUGCUACGGUAGCAGCACGACGGUACCAUCAGGGUCAAUGUUAGAGUAGUUCAGUGCCAUUCAUGUGAACGCCAUAGAGUAAACAACAAACCGGGGUGUACGCGUGCGGGAAAAGCCGGUAGUACUUUAAAAAACGCGGUUAAUAUUUUUUUUGGGUUCUUUUGGGGGUCGAUUUUUUUUUAAGGGACUGUACGAUAAUUCGUGCUUGAUACUGUGAACUGUGACUUUGAUGUGAUAACACUAUAGAAGUGAUAUUUGCACCAGAAUUAUGACUCGCACCCAAAAGAAUUAAUUGCACUUUUUAUGUACAGACUGGCACAGAAUUUUAUUUUAUAAUUAAGUACUUUAAAUUGGUAAUAAACAAUGGAAACGUGCGUAUUGAUACCACAAGAGUUUUCGCUCUGUAUAAGAAAUACGACUGAUAAGAACGGUAAUGGAGACCCAGAGGUUUCGGUGUGGAGCAACUCAGCUAUAGCUCAAGGGUCGCUGUGCUAUCCGUUUCAGGGUACCAUUAGAAUUGACAAGUUGGACGUGUAUGGUACCUUGGAGGAAAAUGAUAUCCGGCAUAGGUUCGGCUGCUUUGACGAAAUCACCUCGAGCAGCAUGGGCCACAAAGUCCGGCACUGUAACUGGGUGCGUUUUGUAAGGGUUGCUACAGCCUUCAACCCCUCGGUGAACUUCGUAGCAACGAAAGUGAGGGGCGAACCUGUUUACGAGGCUGUAAAACCGAUUGCACCCGAUACCGAACUGAUGGUUUACUAUUUGCCCGAGAGACCUGAAGAACUGUUUUUCGUUAGGAUGAGGGCCAAUUUGUAUAGGCAGACGAUGGACUCUAUUUUAGAAGACUCCCCCUUAGACCUUUCGAUGUCGCUCCUCUCUAGAGCGCUCUCUGGGUCACCACCUUCGGAACAUGACGAAAGGAAAUCGGUGUCAGAUGACUCAUCGGCAGCCUCCUCACAGGGUGAUUUACCAGAAACGACCGUGCCAACCCCCAGGGCGAGACCAAGAGAACGAACUCUACUACCUUGCGGAGUAUGUAAUAAAGCUUUUGAUAGACCUUCGUUGUUAAAAAGGCAUAUGAGGACACAUACAGGAGAAAAACCUCAUGUUUGUAUGGUUUGUGGCAAAGGCUUCAGUACAUCGUCCUCACUAAACACACACAGGAGGAUCCACAGUGGUGAGAAGCCUCACCAGUGUCCUGUUUGCUUGAAAAGGUUUACUGCGUCUAGUAAUUUGUAUUACCAUCGAAUGACACAUAUAAAGGACAAACCGCACAAGUGUAACUUAUGUAGCAAGUCAUUCCCUACCCCCGGAGAUCUCAGAUCACACAUGUACGUACACUCGGGUUCCUGGCCGUUUAAAUGUCACAUCUGUUCAAGAGGGUUCUCCAAACACACGAACCUGAAGAACCAUUUGUUCCUGCAUACAGGUAAACCGAAUGGAUCGACCAAAAAAGGAUAACCGGGAGUAAGCGAGAUCCAUGAAGAGGAUCGGAAUCUCAAUGCAAACUUUGUGAGAAAAACUAUAUGUGUUAUUAUUGUAUAGUCAAUGUUAUGCCUGUAUAUUUCGCUACAGCUUGCCGUAGAAACCCGUAAAUAAACUAGGAAUAUUUUGUAUAAUUUUAGGAUAUUUCUGGAGUAUCUCGGGAUAUUGCCAGAAUGUUUUCAGUGAGUGAUCCUUUAGAGUGCUUAUAGUACCUUCUUAUUUAUUUCCUUUCUUGGCUAUAUUUAAAUAUUUUCUUUAAAUCUUAAGAACUCUUUAAAGUUUAAAUAUUGCACGAAUUAAAAUUGAAAAAUGUGUGCAUCAAACAGACAUAUAGAUUUUUGUUUAUUUUUAACUAUUUUAUUUCCUUAGAUAAACACUUGCUAUUAAAGAAGCAAUUGCCAAAAGCUAAUUAAUUAUUUUACUUAUUAAUUUCAAAUAAUGAGAAACACCUCAAAUAUUAUUUAUGAAUCCCAAAAGGGACAAAAUAAAAAAGUUUUACAAAGUAAAACAAUAUUUUGAAAAAAUAUCCUAGAAGUGCAAAUGUUUAAAAGAACUGAAAAGGAAAAAAUAAGCCUUAUAUAUAAAACAAAAAUACAUUUUUAUAUAGGAAAAAUACACUAUUAACACUUUAUUGGGAUAUCCCAGGAACGUCCUGAUUAAUAUGGCAAGCUGUAUAAUUUAACGUUAUUUUAUCCGUCCCGUAGUCCCAAGUGAUAGAGGCUUAAUUUAAGUAAUAAAGACACAAGUAGCUUCAUACAAGUGUUUAGUAUAGCUUUAAUUUAAAAAAAAGUUUCUACAUUGUAUUAUAUUCGACCCUUCUUAGUGAUAUUGUAAAUUAAUGUUUUAUGUAUUAUACAGGGUUGUCUCCAUAUAAAAUGUCUUUAAGAUUUGGUUUAGUUCUUGCCUAAAUAUGACUGUAUUCGACUCAUGCAAAUGUUCAACGUUAGUCAUUGUGCCGAGAUUGGUUUUUAGUUAAGAUUUUAAUUUAUGUUAUUUUUGUUAUCCAAAAUUUAUUGACUUAUUUAUAUUAUGUUUACAUAAAUGGUUUAUGUGUUUCGUGUAACGCGUACGUACUAUGUCACUAUUUUUGUGUAAAAAAUGUAAAUAUAUUUUUUUUUAAUAAAAAGUAAUAGUUAUUGUGAAA